UCAUCGCAGUCUUUUCAGAUAAGGGACGAGUUAGCUUCCAGCAAUUGUUUACCUCUUGCUGCUGCAGCGGUUGGUUAUGGAAAACGCCUUAUAAACGAGUUGGCUGCGCAUUGCAACAAAACCCCAAGUGCAAGAAAGGAGAAUGCUUUAUUGUCUGAUGAGCCUGGUUUGCAGUAUAGCACCACCAAAUUUGCCCUCAAGGUUUACGUCCUGGAAUCUGCUUCUUACUACCUUGCGGGACUCCUCGAUGAGCGAAUUCCUGUUGUGUUGGAUAUCGAGAAUGCUUUAAUUCACAAAUUGACCCGUGACGUUUUGCGAAGCAGUGUAUUCACGAGUGUCGAUUUGGCUGGUCUUCGAGCUAUAGAUCCUGCUUUCCAUUUUGAGAAAGAUCUCCGUGACGUGACCACGCUGCUAUCGUUGAGCCGUGAGGAAUCCGCUGUUGAAAAUAUAGCGAUUGCUGCAUUGUCAUCAUGGGCUUCGGUGUCCCACAAAAGGUGA